CACACACACACACACACACAGCCUCAGUUCAGUGUGGAAGAGGCAGGUAGUCUCUCCUCCUCUGUGUCUGGUCUGGUCUGGUCUUGUGGAUGUUCAGCGGAUGUUCCUGCACAGUCUUCUUCUUCUUCUUCUCCUUGUUCACACCGCGGUGAGGCUGGACGGAUAAACCCACCAUGGCGCAGGAACCGGAGGGAGACAACCGGCUCCUGCAGGACGUGCUGGUGAGACCCGGGAACGAGUCGUGCGCUGACUGCGGCAAUCCAGAGCCAGACUGGGCAUCGCUGACUUUGGGCGUGUUUGUUUGCCAGGCCUGCUCGCUCCUUCACCGGAGCAUCCCCCACAUCACCCGAGUAAAGUCUGUCCAGGACACGUGGGAUGCUGGCGAGGUGGAGUUAAUGGCUGCUAUGGGAAACAAUGCAGCCAAGGCCAAAUAUGAGCAGAAGGUUCCUGCUUUCUACUACAGACCAACACACAGUGAUUGCAAGCUGUUGAGAGAGCAGUGGAUCAGAGCCAAGUAUGAAAGGAACGAGUUUGAGUUCAUCGAGAAACAGGAGCCUUAUUCUGCAGGGUACCGAGAGGGGUUUCUAUGGAAACGAGGGCGAGACAACGGUCAGUUCCUCAGCCGAAAGUUCAUCCUGUCGGAAAGGGAGGGAGCGCUGAAGUACUUCAACAAGCAGGACGCCAGAGAUCCCAAGGCGCUGAUGAAAAUCGAGACCCUGAAUGCAACCUUCCAGCCGGCCAAGAUCGGAAACCCGUGCGGCCUGCAGAUCACCUACCUGAAAGACAACAGCACAAGGAACAUCUUCGUCUACCACAGUGACGCUAAGGAGAUGGUCGACUGGUUCAACGCGAUCAGAGCAGCCAGGUUCCACUACCUGCAGGUGGCUUUUCCGGGAGCAAGUGACGAGGAGCUGGUGCCCAAACUGACCAGAAACUUUAUGAAGGAAGGAUUUAUGGAGAAAACAGGCCCCAAGCACACAGAAGGUUUUAAAAAGAGGUGGUUCACCAUGGACGACAGGAGACUCAUGUAUUUUAAAGACCCACUGGACGCUUACGCCCGCGGUGAGGUCUUCAUCGGCAGUAAGGAGAACAGCUACACCGUCCUGUCCGGCUUGCCCCCGUCCACCCAGGGCUACCACUGGAACCACGGCAUCACCAUCGUCACACCGGACAGGAAGUUUCUGUUCGCCUGCGAGACGGAGGCCGAGCAACGGGAAUGGAUAUCGGCUUUUCAGCGCGUCAUCAAUCGACCAAUGAGACCACAGGAAUAUGCUGUGGAGGCUCAUUUCAAACACAAGCCCUGAACGCCCGCAGGAACUCGCAGGGAAAUCCCACACAGUCCAGUCUCCAGUCCGAUCAGAGCCGCAGACCACGGCGGGACGAGGUGGGGGUGGGGGGGGGGGGUCGAUGGACGCAUGGACACUUUGAGAAGAUGAGGACAAACAAGAAGACGAGACAGAGAGACUCCAGUCGUAUCUAUAUGCUGGAAACACUGAAGGGACUCUGUGACUGAAACACGCGUGUUCUGAGGCUAAAGAAUAGGUGAUGUCAUCCCUAUUGCACCUACCGGCCUUGUGCUAUACAUUAUCUCGCCGACCCCCCCCCCCCCUCUCUCCUGGCCCCUGUGUGGCCCCUCCCCCCCUCCCUGGAUUCCCGUUUUGUGAAUGGUGCAUUCUCCCUGUAAUCUAAUGUAAUUAUGUAAUCUAGAGUCAUUUCACUGGUUGUUCCACAGAGACGACGCAUUGUUAAUUUAUUGAAUGUACAGUUUUGAUGACAGUGGCUUUUCAUGUGGGAUUGUGAACUGUGUGUGUGUGUGUGUGUGUGUGUCCUGAGGACGCUGUGAGGUCGCUGACGCCCUGUUCAAAACCUGAAUCUACAAAGUGCAGUUAACAACAAAUAUGCAUAAAAAAAAACAAACAACACACACACCACGCAAACUCUCAGUGAUCGCCGUCGCUGUGCUGUCCAUGUAGCCAGACGACAGGGUUCCUUUGACAAAACCUCGGCGUGAUAGCUCUCCUCUCUUUUAUUUAUUGGUACUGUUGAAACAUGCCGAGUCACGUGGACGUCGUCGCCACCGCUGCUUUAAAGGAUUGUAACGUGAGUUAGGAUUGUGUUAUUUAUAUACGACACGUGUCGACCGACCUGUUGGGUGAUUUGAUUUUCUUUUUUUUGCAUCUUGUUUUGAGGACACGUCGUUGUCGUGUCGAUCCAGUGAGUCACAGUGAUAGUUGGAUUCAUUUAAAAAAAAAAAAAAAAUCAAUACAGACGAGUCUGAAAUCGA